AUGACUGAAUGCAUGAGUUGUGUUGACAUCGGUGUCAAACACGAGACAAUCACACCAUUGGAUCCACGGGUGAUGUCCGACACCAAUGCGGUUGUGGUGCGAGUGAAGGACGUGUUGGACGAGUUGUGCGACGAGAACCGGCGUCUGAGCGACGAGAUGUCCUCUGCGGUCAAAUGCAUGGAUCUGUUGCACCGUUUGAGACAAACUCUGAAGAAAUUCAAUAAUGACUGUAAAUGUUUGCAUACUUUGGACCAUAAGUUGGCAUUCAAUCGGUUGGAGACUCAAUACAAGUGUCUUCGCAUGGAUUGGCAGCGGAGUGUCAGAGGAAGUGAUGUCCGCAGAAGCCAUACACCGACUGCACUCACGAGACCUCACGCGAUGACCACUAAAGUGAUGAGAAGUACUGGACGUAAGAGUGGCGAAGACAGGGCUAAGAAGUUGAAGAGAAUUGCAAUCGAGAGUCAAAUCAUACGACAAAUCGAUAGCAAAAAGUCACGAAUUGGUGAUAAAUGUGGGAACAGUUGGACCAAAAGGACAGUAAACUAUAAAAGCAAUAAAACCGACGAUAAUUGUGUGGAUGUGUUGAAGACAAUCGACUGUAUCCGAUGUGAUGUGAAGUUUUCGGUUAAGAAGCGUCUCUUGGAUCACAUCCGCGACACUCAUAACGAUAUGUACGACAAGAAUAGGUCUAUCUUUAGGUGUGAUGUGAAGGACUGUUCGUAUGAAAGCCAACGAUACAGAGGUUUAGCCGAACACUACAUGAAACACAUCGGAAACAAACCCUUCAAAUGUGUUUGGCCGGGAUGUGAGUCCAGUUUCUACCGAAACACUCACCUCAUUGUCCAUAAAGCCAGUCACGAGGGAUUAAAGCCAUUUGCGUGCGACUGGCCGUCCUGUGGACAGGCAUUCAGGAGUAAUUCAAAUCUGAAACACCACUGUCUGAUCCACACCAAUGAGAAGCCCUACAAAUGCGAGUGGUAUGAACCCAUCGUAUGA